AUGUUUCAAGUAGUCAAGUAUUCUAUUUUAAAGAAUGGCCUAGAAGUUAGUAGAACUUCUCUAACUAGGGCUCUUAUACAUCAAAAUAUUAUACUAAAAUCAUCGACAACAAAGCUGCUUCCAUUUGGGUAUACUUUAAAAAGAUAUCAGUCCCAGUUGUCUCAACUUAAAAAUGACACUAAACAUAUAGCGUCAACAGACACUAAGCGUUCUGAGAUAAAUAAAUGUCAGAAUGAAAAUAUAGAAAAUGUUACCAUAAAGGAUAAGAAAUAUAGACCACCUGUUGAUUUGGCAUUUAACGGAUCUUACCAAGAAGAUUAUCAAAGAAUAAUUAGAUACACUUUGAUUCCACUUUCACUUGUACCGUUUUAUACCUCGUAUGCUGGAAUUACCUUACACCCAAUUUUUGAUAUAACUUUAUCAUCUUUAUGCUUAUGGUAUCUUCACUAUGGAUUUGCUGGUUUAAUCAUCAAUAAAAUACCAAAGGAGAAAUAUUCAAAGACACAUAAGGUAUCGAUGUGGUCCUUAUAUACAGCGACAUUUUUAAGUUUGUGUGGGCUUUACCAAUUAGAGACAGAAAAUAAUGGUAUGGUCAAUUUAAUAACUAGAAUUUGGAAUGAUGAUGAAAGUCAUAUCUACAUUUUUGGAAAAUGA